AUGGACAACUCUGGGUACAACAAGUUGGGUAGCUGUCCCAAAGAGGUCCCUGGAGGGCACUGGGGACCCUGGGAGCUCUGGAGUCGGAAGUCCCUCUUAGUGGCACUUGCCGUCGUAGUUGGCACAGUUUUAUGGGCACUCAUUCUGAGCAUCCUAUUAUCCAAAGCCUCCAAGGAGCGCGAGGAGCUACUCGGCCACCAGGACCUGCUGAGGACAAACGCCUCGAGGCAGGCGGAGGAGCUGGGCGUUCUGCAGAAAAACCUCGGAGCCUGCACGACCUGCUGCUCUGAGACAAAGGCGCAGCUGAAGACCACGCGGGCGGAGCUUGGGGAGGCGCGGAAGAAGCUGCUAGAGCAGGGGAGCGCCCUGAAUGACCUGCGCGAGCGCGUGACCAAGGACGUGUCCCAGGCGGGCAGGGACCGCGAGGACGUCCGCAGUGAGCUGCUCCGGGCGCUGGAGGCCGCCGAUCUGGGCAACAACUCCUGCGAGCCGUGCCCCAAGUCGUGGGUGCUCUUCCAGGGCUCCUGCUACCUUUUCUCGCAGCAGCAGAACUACUGGGGCCAGGCGCAGAAGAGCUGCGCUGACGCAGGCGCGCACCUGGUGAUGGUGGACAGCUGGGAGGAACAGACGUUCCUGAGUCAGAACACGAGUGGGCUUGGCUUCUGGCUGGGUCUGAAGGCGGAACGACUCCAGGGCAAGAUCCAGGGCUACCAGUGGAUGGACGGCGUCCACCGCACCUUCAGCCACUGGAACGAGGGUGAGCCCAAUGACUCCCGCGGUGUGGAAAACUGCGUUAUGAUGCUGCACACGGGGCUGUGGAACGACGCACCUUGCAACUUAAGGGACAACUGGAUCUGCGAAAAGAAACACGGAUGCUGA